UCAUCAUCAUCAUCAUCAUCAUUAUGACUGUUUUCGAACCUAAUGCUAUUGUUAAGAUGACUGACAAAUUAGUUUUAUUUAAUAAUAAAAUCAAAUAAUGAAUGAACAAAGUCUUUACCCUAAAGGAAAUUCCAGACAUUCCAUCUCUUUGCAUGAGUCCUGUGUUUUAUCAACUUGUUUGUAACAGCACAGAUGCUCAAUAAAAAAAACAACAAAAAAAAACAGAUUAAAACACAUACAUUAUGCAUACACAGCAGAAAUGUGCCGUGUCAUUGUGACAGUAUAGAUUUCUCCCUAAGGAAGUCACAAAUUACCUCAGCUGCUCUCUAAGUAUGCCGUCUCCAUAGUGAUCUGAUAGUGCUACUCUCCGCCUAGCCACUGACUCCCCCCAAUAGGGUGUGUCAGUGACUCAGCUCGUUUAACUAAAUCUGAGGAGCUAUGAAGAGGGAGUGGUCACGGUACUAAACUAACACUACAGAGCCUUUAGUAGAGCAGUAGACGAUAAACACAGAAGGUGAAAGUGCACCACACACAGAGAGAGAGAGAGAGAGACUGGAAGAGAAAGAACAUGGCAGGAAAGGCAUGCAACGUUCUGAUCACAGGAGCCAAUCGUGGCCUGGGGCUGGAGAUGGUCAAACAGCUGGCGGAGACGUCCUGUCCCGGCCGGAGGAUUUUUGCUGGCUGCCGUGAUCCCAGCGCUCCCAAAUCACAGAGUCUACAGGAGCUGGCAAAGCAGCACCCUGGAGUCAUUCAUGUUAUUCGCCUCGAUGUUGCUGAUCUGUCGAGCAUUAAGGAGUCUGCCAAGCAGGUGGGCUUAUUCUUAGGGAAGGAUGGACUCAACCUGCUGGUCAACAACGCUGGAAUGGCCACGCAUGAGGACAUGAAAACAGCAGGACCCAAAGAGAUGCAGGACACCUUCAACACCAACAUCAUGGGACCAAUGCUGGUUACCAAGGAGUUCCUGCCGUAUCUGCGUGAGGCAGCGAAGAGCAGUGGGGAACCAGGGAUGUCCUGCAGCAAGGCAGCCGUGAUCAACAUCUCCACAAUACUGGCCUCCAUAGCAAAAGUUCCUGAAACUGUUGCCUUCUUCCCAGUUUUUGCACUCCCAUAUCGUAUUAGCAAGGCAGGUCUAAACAUGCUAACGGUCUGUAACGCAGUGGAAUUCAAGGACGAUGGGAUCCUGUUUGCGCUCCUACACCCUGGAUGGGUGCAAACUGACAUGGGGGGGGCAGGGGGGGCAAUUGACGCCCAGGAGAGUGUCAGUGGUAUGCUGCGUGUAAUGAGCGACCUGACUGAGAAGCAGAGCGGAGCCUUUCUGGACUACAACGGACAAUCUCUGCCCUGGUAAAAAUGAAGAAGGGACGCUCACUGUCUCCCAGUAUUUUAUUGCAUUACUUGUUUUUCACAAAUAUUACAUGAAUGGCGACCAUACUUUUGUUGAUUGUGAUGUGAUUGUGAUGUUACUAUGCCACUGUGUUAUAUUUGAUAAAUAUUGUACUUUGUAAUAAAGUUGAUUAAACCCUC